UAUUAGGUUAGGUUAUUAACUUUUUACCCACGUGGUGUGUUGCUCUGCAAAAAAUGGCUAAGGCAAAAAUCGUUGGAGGCUCUAAAGGAGUCAAGGGAAAAUCAAAAUUUAAGAAAGCGAGUGGUAGCAAGAAGCACCCUGGUGGAGGAAAGAAAAGUGUGAAAAAGAAUAUGACAAAAAGAGAUAAGAAAAAGAAAGAGCUACAGAAGAACAAGGAGCCUGUGACAUCUGGCAAAGAGAGGAACGAAAAGCGAAAGCUUCAAGACGAUGACAAGUUUUCUGUAGCAAAUAAAAAGUCAAAAAUGACGGCUGGUAAAACCAAUUUGACAAGGAAGGAACUUGAUAAGAAGAAACUCUCUGUCAGACGUCAGCGAAAACUGCCAGCAGAUUCACUUGAACGAAUCAACAAAGCAAAACAAAUAUGGGAGCAUGUUAGGAGGCAUGACAUGAAAAAGGAGGAAAGGGAUAAAUCUAUUAACGAUAUGAUGGGUCUGAUCAGUGGUAAUGUGUAUGAGUUAUCGUUGAAGCAUGAUACUGCUAGGAUUAUUCAGUGUAUUUUGAAAUUUGGAAGUCAAGAAAUGAGAAACAAAGUUUAUGAUAAAUUAAAAG